CCUCAGCAAGCUCACCCACUCAGCAUUUGAUUGGCCGCACACCGUCGCAGAGCUUUGCCCGCGGCUCCGCCAAAAAGUCCAAAACACCACUACACCAUCCGUCUCCCACCGUUAGCAUUAAGAACCGCAGACCGCCCAACUACCCAAUAUGUCUUCCACCGACUUCAACAUCGACCAGUCCGACAUUGAGAAGCUCAAUGACAAGGACAAGUCCGAGCUGCGCCAGUUCUUUGCCAACGAGGAGCACCGCGCCCGCAUCCAGUCCCAAACCCACGAACUCACAGGCAUCUGCUGGAAGAAGUGCGUGACCUCGGGCACCUUCCGGUCCGGCGCGCUCGACAAGACCGAGAAGGGCUGCCUGGCCAACUGCGUGGACCGGUUCAUGGACGCCAACCUCGCGACGAUGAAGCACCUGGCGAGCAUGCGUCAGCAGCAGUGAUUCCGGCGGCGGUAGUGCAGCUGGUGCUGUUUUCUGGUGGGUCUGGUGAAGGUGGGAAGGUGAAGGUUAAGGAGGGGGAGGUGAAGGUUAAGGAGGGGGAGGUGUACGAACAAGGUCCGGGUUUGGGGGUUGGGGA